AUGGAGCGGGACGGCUGCGCUGGGGGCGGGAGCCAAGGCGGCGGCAAGGGCGGGCGCGGCCCCCGGGAGGGCCUGGCGGGGAACGGCCGCGACCCGAGCCACGGCCAAGCCUCCGAGGCGCCCGGGGACCCGCAGGCAGCCGCGUCCUUGCUGGCGCCCAUGGACCUGGGGGAGGAGCCGCUGGAGAAGGCGGCGGGCGCCCGCCCUGCCAAAGACCCCAACACCUAUAAAGUGCUCUCGCUGGUAUUAUCGGUAUGUGUGUUAACAACAAUUCUUGGUUGUAUAUUUGGGCUGAAACCAAGCUGUGCUAAAGAAGUUAAAAGUUGCAAAGGUCGCUGUUUUGAGAGAACUUUCGGGAACUGUCGCUGUGAUGUGGCCUGCGUUGACCUUGGAAACUGCUGUCUAGAUUACCAGGAGACGUGUAUAGAACCAGAACGCAUAUGGACUUGCAACAAAUUCAGGUGCGGUGAGAAAAGGUUGUCCAGAAGCCUGUGUGCCUGUUCCGACGACUGUAAGGAGCGUGGCGACUGCUGCAUCAACUAUAGCGCUGUGUGUCAAGGUGAGAAAAGCUGGGUGGAAGAAACAUGUGAGAACAUAAACGAGCCUCAGUGUCCAGAAGGAUUUGAAAUGCCUCCUACACUAUUAUUUUCUUUGGAUGGAUUCAGAGCAGAAUAUUUACACACUUGGGGUGGACUUCUUCCUGUUAUUAGCAAACUAAAAAAAUGUGGAACAUAUGCAAAAAACAUGAGACCAGUAUACCCAACAAAAACCUUUCCCAAUCACUACAGCAUUGUCACAGGACUUUAUCCAGAAUCCCAUGGCAUAAUUGACAAUAAAAUGUAUGAUCCCAAAAUGAAUGCUUCCUUUUCACUGAAAAGUAAAGAGAAAUUUAAUCCUGAGUGGUACAAAGGAGAGCCAAUUUGGCUCACAGCGAAGUAUCAAGGCCUGAGGUCUGGCACUUUCUUUUGGCCAGGAUCAGAUGUGAAAAUUAAUGGGAUUUUCCCAGACAUCUACAAAAUAUACAAUGGUUCAGUGCCAUUUGAAGAAAGAAUUUUAGCUAUUCUUAAGUGGUUACGGCUUCCUAAAGAUGAAAGACCACACUUUUACACUCUGUAUUUAGAAGAACCAGAUUCUUCAGGUCAUUCAUAUGGACCAGUCAGCAGUGAAGUCAUCAAGGCCUUGCAGAGAGUGGACAACAUGGUGGGCAUGCUGAUGGAUGGCCUGAAAGAGCUGAACUUGCAUCAGUGUCUGAACCUCAUCCUCAUUUCAGAUCAUGGCAUGGAACAAGGCAGCUGUAAGAAGUAUAUAUAUCUGAAUAAAUAUUUGGGAGAUACUAAAAAUAUUAAAGUUAUCUAUGGACCUGCAGCCCGAUUGAGACCCUCUGAUGUUCCUGAGAAAUACUAUUCAUUUAAUUAUGAAAACAUUGCCAGAAAUCUUUCCUGCAGGGAACCAAACCAGCACUUCAAACCUUACCUGAAACAUUUCUUACCUAAGCGUUUGCAUUUUGCAAAAAGUGACAGAAUUGAGCCCUUGACAUUCUAUUUGGACCCUCAGUGGCAGCUGGCACUGAGUCCCUCAGAAAGGAAAUACUGUGGAAGUGGAUUUCAUGGCUCUGACAAUGUAUUUUCAAAUAUGCAGGCCCUCUUUGUUGGAUAUGGACCUGGAUUCCAGCACGGCAUUGAAGUUGACUCCUUUGAAAACAUUGAAGUCUACAACUUAAUGUGUGAUUUACUGAAUUUGACACCAGCCCCUAAUAAUGGAACACAUGGAAGUCUUAAUCACCUUCUCAAGAAUCCUAUUUACACCCCUAAGCAUCCUAAAGAAGUGCAGCCCUCGGUACAGUGCCCCUUGGCAGGAUCGCCCAGAGAUAGCCUUGGCUGCUCCUGCAACCCCUCAAUUUUGCCCAUUGUGGAUUUUCAGACACAGUUUAAUCUGACCACGGCAGAAGAGAAGAACAUUAACCGUGCGAGUUUACCCUAUGGCAGACCUAGACUUCUCCAGAAAAAAAGCAGUGUCUGUCUGCUUUACCAGCACCAGUUUGUGAGUGGAUACAGCCAUGAUGUCCUCAUGCCCCUUUGGACCUCCUACACUGUCAACAGAAAUGACAGUUUCUCUACGGAAGACUUUUCUAAUUGUCUCUACCAGGACCUUCGGAUUUCUUUCAGUCCCAUCCAUAACUGUUCGUUUUAUAAAAAUAAUGCUAAACUGAGUUACGGGUUCCUCUCCCCACCACAACUAAGUAAAGAUUCAAGUCAAAUCUAUUCUGAAGCUUUGCUUACCUCUAAUAUCGUCCCAAUGUACCAGAGUUUUCAAGUGAUCUGGCGCUACUUUCACGACACCCUGCUGCAGAGGUAUGCUGAGGAAAGGAACAGCAUCAAUGUCGUCAGUGGUCCUGUGUUUGACUCUGAUUAUGAUGGACGUUACGAUUCCUCGGAGGCUCUGAAGCGAAACAGAAGAGUAAUUCGUAAUCAAGAAAUUCUAAUUCCAACUCACUUCUUUAUUGUGAUAACAAGUUGUAAAAACACGUCCCAGACUCCCUUGCAGUGUGACAACUUGGAUCCCUUAGCUUUCAUCUUGCCCCACAGGUCCGAUAACACUGAGAGCUGUGUGCACGAGAAGCGUGAGUCCUCAUGGAUUGAAGAGUUGUUAAUGAUGCACAGAGCUCGGAUCAUGGAUGUUGAACACAUCACUGGACUCAGCUUCUAUCAAGAAAGGAAAGAGCCAGUUUCAGACAUUUUAAAACUGAAAACACAUUUGCCAACCGUCAGCCAAGAAGACUGA